AAAGGCCAUCUCUCAGUGCACUCUCUUAUCCCCAACAUGCCUUUUCCCGGUAUCCCUUCCGUCUCUGAAUAAUCUACCGGGUCUUGUAAUGACCAUUACUACGCAUUAUGGCACCAGCUUCAGAACCCACGCAAUUGCUUCAAUACGACACCCUUUACGAGACGGAUCCCAGACAUGUCGCUGUUGAUGCAUAUGUCAAUUCUCACCUCUUAUCCGAAUCCAAGAAUCGUUACCAUUCAGCCCUGCAACGCAUCCACCAAAACUCUCUCGAUGCCGGCCUUCCAGACAUCGCUUGCUCCCCUUCCCAGGCAAAAUUCCUUACGCUUCAGAUUCAAAUGUCCAAUGCCAAGAAUGUGCUUGAACUCGGCACCCUCGGCGGGUAUAGUGCCGCAUGGAUGGCUUCGGCAGGCCCCGAUGUCAAGGUGACGACUAUUGAGAUUGACGAGAGAGUUGCGUCCGUGGCUUCAAGGAAUGUCGCCGAGGCGGGGCUAGGAGCUCAAGUUGAGAUUCUCCAAGGAGCUGGGCUUGAUGUUCUUCCACAGCUCGUGUCGCAAGUACAAUCUCAACAGCGUCAGCCCUUCGACUUCGUCUUCAUCGAUGCCAACAAACAAGACAACCUGGCGUAUUUUAACUUUGCGGUUUCCAUGACUCGCCCUCGUACCGCUAUCAUUGUCGACAAUGUGGUGCGUAAUGGAAAAGUUGCGUCUGCUAGUGAAACAGAAAAAGACGACCGCGUGUUAGGGACACGGCAAUUGAUUGAAGCAAUUGGCAAAGAUGGACGGGUCGAUGCAACCGUCAUCCAAACAGUUGGAGAAAAGAAUUAUGACGGGUUCCUGAUUGCUCUUAAGAAGUAGGCCCUGCACUGCACCAACUACAUGGCCAUGUUAUUUUUAAAUCUCUGGUAUUGUUGUAAAGGAAUUGUAGGAAGGGCGUGCUAUCAAGCUGAUGCGAAUAUAUCGCGGAGGUCACAUAAAGUGAGGUUGUCAUGUAGAUGUAGAAAGAUAGAUGACGAGCUAAGACUACAAUUGAGGACGGGAGCAUAAGGUCUCCUUUCUCACGUGAUGUUACAUAUAAUGCCAGUCUUAAGCACCAGGCCCAAGACUGGUUCUUCACGUAUCA